AUCUGGCUGUUUUUCUUCCUGUUCUGGCUGGGACAAGGCAGGCGGAUGGCUCCCCCAGGUUUUGUAGAGAGCAGUUGCCACUCCAGAAUUUUUUGGAUGAAACUGAAUAAACUCUUGCUCCAGGGAAAGUUCUUCCAGCUGGAAAUCUAUGAUCCUCAUUCUGGCCCUGUUCUGCUGGAUGAGAAAUUAGCAUCUCGCUGUGGCUAUGUCCUGUCAGAAGACGUGUGGGGCAAUCCCGUCUUCCGCGCCUCGGCUCUCGGCUGUCACGUGGCCAAUGAGGCAGAUGAGCUGUUUUCACUGACUGUGAACAUCAAGGUCUCCUCAUUUUCAAGCAUGAGGGCAGCUGUCACCUACACCUACCCCAUGUACUGCUCCUAUGCAUCCUGGGCUUCAAGAGAAAUUGUGUGUGAAGAAAACUACAUGGAGGUGUCAGUGAAGACUGAUGUCCCAGCAGUUUCAAAUGACUACACCGUAGCAUGGAUGUCAGCACUGCCAGAGACUCAAAAUGUUGCAUACCAGCAAUGGCAACUGAUGUUUGUUUCUCCAUCAGGGAGAAAGAGAAUAACAGUAAGUGAUGCAGUAAAACUGGGCUACAGCUUCAAUAACAGCCUGUCCCGAGUGUACCUGCGAGCGCCCUACCACAGCAACGAGUCUGAUGUCAGCGUGGUCAGUGGUGUAAAUAUGAACAUGAUCACUUCCACUUCCAUGUACAGGCAGCGGUGGCUGCUAUUGCUGAUUGACACAACGGUCUCCUGUCCUGUUGAUGGCAUCACCUUCACCGAUACCACGCUAACAUGGACCGUGCCAAGAGUUAUCCCCACACUAGUGGUCCAGGAAUCCACCUUUCUGUCUAAAAGCAUUGUAAUGGGAGUGGAUGAUCAAGUCAUAGUGAAUCCAGAGGAGAUGAACUACUUACUGGAGUACAACAAGACACACAUCAGAAUAACCAUCCCUACUGGAGCAGAAGGAGGCAAGCUAGAGAGCUCCAUAUCUGGUGGUGUCUAUGGAGUCAUUUACUGCAUUGACCUGUUUCUGGAGCACACGUGGACGGAUGCAGAUUGGCAAACCACGAAGUAUACAGUCAUCAAAUCCAUCACCACACCUUUCAUGCCACAAAUACCAACUGUUACCAACAACACUGUGCCAGAGGAACGGCUAUUUAAUCUUGCAUUUGGACACUUUCUUCCCGAUGUCUCUCUGGUGGCAAUCACAGUAGGAAAUGUGCCAUUUUCCCUGAGGGAAGCACAGCACCACGGCUUCAAGAUUUAUGAAACUCCCUUUUCUAAUGGAACAAAAGCAUUUAUCCUGGAAGUCUCUUUUGAUGAUCCAUAUGUUCUGAAAGAGUAUGUGAAUAGAAAUGAAACAAAAUACACCCUCCUGGUCAACUACACCCUUAGCGUGGGUCCGGAGAUGACACUCUACUAUCAUUCAGCAGAGGUGGAGUGUGUGAUUGCUGAUAUUGAAGUACCCGAAGCAGUUGGUUCCUGCGAUGAAGAAAACCUGUAUCUAACCCUGCCCACUUUUGGCUUGCACCAGUACUGGGAGCUGUACCUUGGUAACAAGCUCCUGAACCGGCACCUUGCCCUCACCAAUGGGUACCUUGCAGCCACCAACUCCACACACCUGAUCUUGCAAAUACCUCUGUUUGCUGGGGGACUCAUCUAUGAGAGUUCUACAGUCACAGUAGUGCCGUGGUAUUGCACAUAUUGGAAAACCUCCAGAGGGAAGGACUCUGAGACAGAGCAAGUAGGACAAGAGGCAUUGGACAUGGACCCUUAUGUAUGCCAUCCAGAUGGUACCAUAAUGGUAUCUGCCCAAAUGAAGACAGUUCCUGCCAUUGACAUGAGUAAAACCAAGCUCAGGGACAGCUCCUGCAAGCCUAAGGAGUAUAAUGAAGCCCAUGCCUUCUUCAAGUUCCAUGUCACUACCUGUGGCACUUCAGUAAGGUUUGAAGGUGACCACAUUAUUUAUGAAAAUGAAAUCUCCUAUGAGAAAGAGACUCUUCCAGGACAGAGCAUACCAACAAUCACAAGAGAUCCAGACUACAGACUAACGGUCUUGUGCUACUACCAAGCAAAAGAGACCCUAGUGCUCGGUGCCUUCUCCAGGGACCUGGCCACGUCCCCUUCCUUUGGCUCUGGGACCAUGUUCCCACAUUCAAAUACUGCAGAUGAAUCCUUCAUGGAGUUCUAUGGGCCCAGCAUGGCAAUUCUCAAACAACCCAUGGAGCCUGUGUUUCUUGAGGUGGAGCUGAAGGACGAGAGCCCCAGUGCCGAGUUAUACCUGGAAAACUGCUGGGUAGCCACAUCUCCAGACUUCAACAGCACCCCAAGAUGGAACAUCACUGUGGAUGGGUGUGAGAUGAAUGGCAGUGAGUUUGCUGCAGAGUUCUGCCCGGUACCUGUUAGCCCCAGGGUGAGACACCCUCCUCACUUUAAAAGGCUGGCAGUAAGGACCCUGGCACAGCAACUGGAACAGGCUUUCCAAGUCACCCUUCUGACAGUCUCCAGGGCUAUGUCCUUGCUGGACCAGUAUGGGCUGUUGCUCCAGAUCGAAGACGACACACAUAAACUGAAUUUGGUAAGAACACCAGGCCCUGUGUACUCUCCCCGAGAGGUCACCAUGCUUUGUGACACAAGCGAUGCAGAGCCUGUCCUCCAGGACCUCAAAAAUAAAAGUUCUGGGACAAGAACAGGGAAUGGAGAUGGUUUGCAGUCCCAUGGUCUCAGCUUGAGCCCAUGA